AAUUCUGGAUCUUUCUGGUUAAUUUCUUAUUUUGUGAUCGUUUUAUAAUUUCUCAGGAUUAUGGAUACUUAAUUUUCCUCGUAUAAAGCUCCUGAAAUGGUUUUUUGAAAUGAACAUCGCUUUCUCAUUCGGGUUGUUGGUUCUUUUGUGGAGGCAGAUUUCUUCCUCGUUUAUUGAUGUAACCGAACGAGUUGGUAUUUCAGCAAUCAAUGGCUAUUUGGCAGCGUUUGGCGAUUUUAAUGGAGAUAAACAGACCGACUUGUUCCUUGUUACUCGUGGAGGUAAUAUUCUUGUCCUUCAGGUGCAAAAUAAAGAAUCCAGGACAAGGCGGGAAUUAUUUGGAAAUAUUUUUGUGGAGUGAAUCAGAGCAGAAGUUUAGCAAAGGAGGGGUUUUAAUUUCACUGCAGAGCAAAAUUGUCAAUGUGAGCCCCAUGGACUUUGAUGGUGAUGGCUGCCUUGAUGUUUUAAUUGUAGCUGAAUCUCAGCACAAUUCAGAGAAGAAUGUUACAGUUUAUGUGCAUUGGGGAAAUUCAAAAACAUUAGAUGCCAAUGGUCUUGAAUUAGUAAUGAAAGAUCAACCAUUAGUCAUGGACGCCAAUGGUGAUCUCUUGCCAGACCUUUUUGGUACAGAAAUUGCAAUAAAUUCUUCCUUGCGUUCAUACUGGAUAUCUCAAGGAUCAAAAAGAAGGUUUGAAGUUCAACCACAGACCAAUUCUAGUCAAUCCAGUGUGCUUGCACCAAUCAUGAUACCACACUCCAAUGCAUUCUUGGAUCUCAAUGGAGAUUUUACAGCUGACCUGUUUGUUAUCAAUGAACUAAAUCAGGGCGAAGUUUGGAUCAACAGAGAGGGAGUCCUUGUUCAGCCAUCUGAUGCCUCAGAAGAAGUAAUCAAACCACCCAAAAUACCCAAAGACAAACACAUUAAAGUGUUUGGCCAGUCAACAUUUGUUGACAUUGAUGGAGAUGGAAAUAUUGAUCAGUUGUUGCCUGUUUGUACAACUGAUUAUUGUGAAGAAAGUCAUCUUUAUGUGUAUUCUAGUAACAAGUGGGAGAGGAUGUUAUCAAAUGAUGGAGGACCUGUUGCAUGGCAGUUUAUUGCACCAUCAAACCAGACAUCAUCUUUAUUCCCAUUAAUGACCAUUCGUACAGGAGACUAUAAUAUGGACGGUUUUCAUGAUGCAUUGGUAGUGUUGAACGUGAAGGAGACAGGGAAAACCAAAUUCAAGAGAAUUGCAGCCCUUUUGGAAAAUGUACCAUGUGAAAGUACACAUACCUCUUGCUAUAAGAGACGCACAUUUGAUGUUCAUUGCAAGGAGUUACCAACUUUAGAGGGAGCUGUAGUAGCCACGUUUUUUGAUUUGUAUGAAAAUGGAAAGAUUGGAGUCAUGGGCGUGACUGAGUCUCCGAAAAAAAAAAACGACCCACAAUCCUUAGAGUACCAUGUCCAUGCGCUGCGUAAUGAUCUCUAUAGUGAUGCCUGUUUCUUGAAAGUUAUUGUUGUAGGAGGCCGAACGUUGACGUCUUGUGAAAAUGAAAACCUGCCUUAUGGUGUAAGUCUAACAGGAGCAUACAUGAAGUACACCACCACAAGUACAGACGGAAAAAUAAAGUACGGCAGUGCUGCUCAGCUGUCUCAGUCAGCUUACUUUGCUCUUCAAUGUCCUUACACUGUGUUUGGCUUGGGAAGAACACCUAAUUUUGUUGAUGAGCUUGCUGUUGGAAUUCCAAGAUCAAAAGGCUCGUCUGAAAGAAAACGUGUUUGGAGUUCUAUCAUACCGAAUUCACAAGUCAUCGUGGUUCCUUAUCCACCUGAUAGCCUCUCAAGUUGGACGGCUAAGUUGUUAGUUACUCCAAGCAAACUGGUGUUAAUUACAGGUGUCAGUCUUUUGGGCAUCUGUGUCUUUAUUGGUCUUAUUAUCUUGUUGUUGCAUCUCAAGGAGAAGAGAGAGGACCAAAGAGAGAAGCGCCAAGACGCUCACAAAUUCCAUUUUGAUGCCAUGUGAUGUUCACAUGUCGAAUAAAAGCUCACAAGCCAGCGGUGGAGGUUGAGUCGUGAAAUACGUGGGUGUGUUAUUCUUACUAUGAAGAAUUUCAGAGUACAAGGCGAAACUGUCAGGAAACAGCGAUUGAGUGCUUUCUACUCAUAUGUGGAACUAGUUUAAUUUUACAAUGGGUUGAGACAAGGGAUUAUAGUCUCUUGGGUGAUACCUGUACCUUAAAUACUUGUACCUUACUGAACGCCGAAAAAAAAGACGAGCGUAUUUUGCUGUCACUGAAUAUUUAAGGUCUUACGUGCGUUCUUCAGCAUGUGAAAUCAAAGGCUGGUCAGUGAAUACAAUAAUCUGUUAAAAAAAAUACCUCCCCCCCCUGCACCCUUUCCCCAUCUCUGUGGUCCUGGCUUUUUAGUUUCAGAAAAGAGUGUGCUAGCGUAGUGACAAGUACAUUGCCAUAGCUGUAGGAAGAGAAAGAGAGAGGCUGGGUUGUCAAUUAUGAUCUAGAUGAAACCUCAAAACUGGAAUAGCGGUAUUCGGAAUAUGAUUUAUAUCUACAAACAACGUUUACCAGCUGAAAGUUAGGGAUAAUUCGGUGGAAGUGAGUCAGCCUGACACACAGACCAGUGUGAUUUAUCUUAUUACCAUUAUAAGCAUCUUAGCGUUAUUCAUGUAAACUCGUGGAAUAACAUCUAUUUGUUUUACUUCAUAAAGAAACAAAUUGUCAUUAAUUUACGUCAUAUAUGCGUUUGUCCUCCCAUGAACCAUAAAUAAAAACCAAUCAAAUUG